UUUCGAGGCGGGGUGCAUGAAGAAGGUGUGUUUUUUUGAGAGAGGAACAAGGGGAGGAAUCUUGUGGGUGGUAAAGUUUGUCCCAUCCCUGAUAAGCAAGCUGACUGACAGACUUGCCAGGUUGUGCCUGACUUAAUGCCUUUUGGUUGUGCUGUAGUGUAGAGCAUAUACUCUAGUCAAGCUUGCAAAGAUGUCUGAAUCAGCGGAGGCCAACAUGAGCAGCAGGAGAAAUAUCACCAUUGAGAUCAAAAACCUCACCAAAGACUUCUGCCUGGCUAACCCCAAGGUUUAUCUAGACAGUGGAGUCACCUUCAACCCUCCCCAGCCCACAGUACGCCCACUGAAGACCGAAGUGUGCUCCUUCAGCAAGACAUCUGGCCAAGCCCAAGGCAGUGUUGGUGUCUUGACCUACGACCUCAUGGAGAGGACUGGGAGCACAAAACCAGAGACACUGUGCAUGAUGUUCUCUGUCCCAUAUGACUACAACCUGUAUAUGAACUGGUUUGCUGUGGGCAUCUUCGGCAAGGGCCGGAAUUGUGAUGAGUCAUUGUUCAAGGAGAUGUACUACAAUGAUGAGAGCGGCUUUGUCAGGGCAGAGGCCAAUGGGUCAGGCAUCAACUAUAUAGGCACAGAUCUGGAUGUCAAAGCCACCAUGUCCCCCAUGGGCCGAGCCAUCAUGAAAGUGGAGGUUUGGGAUAAGCUCUUCAUACCUCAGGCCCAGAAACCUAAGUGGUAAUACUAGUCCUUUGCUUAAAAACAUCCCCACACCAAAUGCCAUAGUUGCUAAUAAUCUGAAACCAUAAUACAAUAAAUUGGCGUGUAUGUUUGUACAAUAACUUGGAUGUAUGGAUAUGCACUUUCCAUAAAAAAAUAAAAAAAUAAAAAUGAUUAAAAAAUGGUA